UGAGCUUAGCCAUUGGUAGAGUGGUAAGGUCUGAGGACAGGCUGUGUGCCUCGUGUGGGGAAGACGAGCAGAACUGCAAGGAGUGGCAGGGAGGAGAGAGAGAGAGAGAGAGAGGGGAAGAGAGAGGGAGAGAGGAAGAGAGAGAGAGAGAGGGAGGAAGAGAGAGGGAGAGAGAGAGAGAGAGAGGGGGGAAGAGAGAGGGAGAGAGGAAGAGAGAGGGAGAGAGGAAGAGAGAGAGAGAGAGGGAGGAAGAGAGAGGGAGAGAGAGAGAGAGAGAGAGAGAGGGAGGAAGAGAGAGAGAGAGAGAGAGAGAGAGAGAGAGAGAGAGAGAGAGAGAGAGAGAGAGAGAGAGAGAGAGAGAGAGAGAGAGAGAGAGAGAGAGAGAGAGAGGGGGAAGAGAGAGAGAGAGACAGAGAGAGAGACAGAGAGAGAGACAGAGUGGGGGAAGGGAGAGCAAGAGCAUCUUUUGCCUGAAUCCUUUACAAGCAUCCACCCCACAGUGUAAGCUACACAGGUGAAACAACAUGGACCGUCUCAACACCACCUCUCUCCCGUGGCUCCCUGACGCCGCCCCGCUGUCCCAGGUCUCCCUGCAGGUUCAGGAGGUGUACCCUUUCCACGACGGCUGGAACAUAGCGUGCUUCGUCAUCCUCCUCCUCUUCAUCAUCACAGUAGUCUCCCUGGCAGCUCUGGCCUUCCUCUACGAGCUGCUGGACUGUGGCUGCUGUGUCAAGGGGAAGACCCAUCGUGACCUGAUGGAGGAAGGUCCCUUCCAGAACAUGGUGGAGAAGAUCCACAGUCCCACGGGGUCACAAACCGAGGUGGUGUAAGGCGGUUAAAGGGGUCGUUGCCACAGUGACCAGGGCCAAGCAGGAAGUUAGGUCACGACCGUUGACCCUGAAUCUGAACCCGAGACUGAGUGUGCUGUGUGCUCACAGUUUGAGAACAGUGAGACUGCACCUUCGUAUGUGUGAGAUUGUGUGUGUGUGGAACGGUGGUGUUAUCUAAUCAAAGCACGUCAGCAGGAGAGAAGAAGAGCUCUCCUUUGCCAAGUCCAGGGUUUUGACAAGUCUAUUAUUCGACCGAUGUUUAGCCUGCAUCUUCAUCCAUCACCGCACGGCACAAGUACAAGACAUACCAUUCGAGACAGCUAAAGACACAGAGGAGAUCCACAAUGAUAGCCAACCCUCUAGGACCCGACAGAGCAAGAAAGUCAACCAAAGUCAACGACCAAGAUGCACCAAGAUGACCAAGAUACACCAAGAUGCACCAAGAUGCACCAAGAUGCACCAAAAAAUUAAAGUAACUGUCGUUACAAUGUUUCCAGAUUUCUAUGAAAGUUUUCCUUUCCCCAAAAAAUAGUAAUUAUGUUCAAAAGCAGCUUUUGUGUGUUGGAAUGGUGUGGGUGUGUACUGGUUAUUAAAAAUAUGAAUGGAGCAGACCGCUGAUUGGACCAUCUCAUCCAGCUCAGGAUGAUGACCUCAUCCUUUAUGAGGAAAUAACAAGCAUUUUUAAAAUGGUCUGUUUGAGAUCCAAGUUUGAGGUGGGGGUUUUUGAAGUGGUUUUUUUCUCUCUCUAAUUUAUGAUUUGACCACAAAUACGAGUAUAGGAUUAAUCAACAACAUUAUGAGUUAACAGAAUAUUAACUUUCAAAAGUGAGAUUCACUGGACAGUUACUUUAAAAUGUCACCAAAAGACCCAGCUACCACAGAAGAAGCCCCACAUUUUAAUGUAAUUUACAGAUGGUUUUUAUUCCCUAAUGCUUCCACUGCCAUUGUAGUGAAGUUCUCAUCCAUUUGACAAAAACUGUUCACAACUUGCUGUGUCGUAACGAUGUAAUCAACAUGUUGCCUGUGAUAAUGUCACCACUCACCAACACAUCUUAAACCACAGCCAAGUGGCCAUGAUACUAUUCUCUCUUGAAGGGGGGGGGCACCUGUACACACACCGAUGUAAAUAAAAUAACCUACUUGCAUUGAGCACAUGGUAUUAUUUCACUUGCCUAAAAUGAUGAUGAUGAUGAUGAUGAUGAUGAUGAUGAUGAUGAUGAAUAAACAAUUAUCACGUAAG